UUCAUUUAUUCAAUAGUGUCGUUUUGUGCCGGACGGUCGCAUUCUUCGCUUCUCUGAUUCUGGAUUUUCAUUUUCUUUUUGUAGAAAAUUAAAGUUUAAAAAUAAAUAAAAUCCCAAAAUGCCCAACUCAGAUAGCCAACAAUCCAAUGGAAACUAUAACAAUCGCAAUAAUGACGAUGAUGAUGAAAUCCACGAGCCUGAACAUUUAAGAAAACUUUUCAUUGGCGGCUUGGAUUACCGCACCACCGAUGAUUCCCUUAAAGCCCAUUUUGAGCAAUGGGGUAAAAUUGUCGACGUUGUGGUUAUGAAAGAUCCUAAAACCAAAAGGUCACGCGGAUUUGGCUUCAUUACUUAUUCCCAUUCUUUUAUGAUCGAUGAUGCCCAAAAUGCUCGACCACAUAAAAUCGAUGGUCGUGUUGUGGAGCCAAAGCGUGCUGUUCCACGUCAAGAUAUCGAUCGCCCAGAUGCUGGUGCUUCUGUUAAAAAAUUGUUUGUCGGUGGACUGAGGGAGGAACAUGACGAGGGUUCGUUGCGUGAUUAUUUCUGUAAAUAUGGCAAAAUUGUUUCGGUCAAUAUCGUCAUCGAUAAGGAAACUGGCAAGCGAAGAGGUUUUGCUUUUAUUGAAUUUGAGGACUAUGACCCCGUUGAUAAAAUUGUUUUACAAAAGUGCCACACGAUUAAAAACAAAACCCUAGACAUCAAGAAAGCCUUGCCUAAACAUGAAAUGGACCGUGGAUCUGGCGGAGGUGGUGGCGGCGGCGGUGGAAUGCGUGGUGGUCGCAUGGGUGGCGGUCGAAACGAUCGCGGUGGCAAUAACCAAGGCAAUGGUUGGGGCGGCAAUCGUAACCAAAAUGAUAACUGGGGUGGAAACAAUAACUUUGGCGGCGGCUUUGGUGGUGGUAACCAAGGUGGCGGCGGCGGUGGUGGAAAUUGGAAUAAUCCAUGGGAUAAUGGCGGCAACCAAGGAGGUGGUGGUGGCUGGAACCAAGGUGGCGGCGGUGGUGGUAACUUCGGCAACGGAGGUAACCCAGGCGGCAAUUGGGGUGGCAACAAUGACAAUUUCAAUGAUGGAUUCCAACAGAACUUCGGUGGUGGCCCGAUGAGGGGUGGAAAUAACUUUGGCAACAACCGCAUGAAUCCUUAUGGAGGAGGUGGCGGCGGCGGUAGUGGCGGUAACUUUGGAAAACCUAUGGGCAACAAUGGUGGCUAUGGAGGUGGCAAUCAGGGUUAUAAUAACGGCCCCAACAAUAUGAUGAUGGGCGGUGGUGGUGGAGGCGGAAAUAGGAGAUACUGAGAACGACGACGACGUCAUGCUGAAGAAUGAAUUACAACGUGUUGCCUGAAGCGCAGUCUAUUUUCACUUGACUUGUGUGUACAUUUAGAUCCAGCGAAGUCUCCUUCCCGUCGACUUUGGGUAUUCUGGCUAAUCUGCUAAUUGUUGAUAAACGCGAUGCCAAAUGAUGAAUGGAUUAUGAAGUAGUAAGUGAAUUUAAUUGAUUGGAAAUAAAACCAUAACAAAAAUAUUCAUAUAUUACACCACAAUUUGGUAUUCUGAAGAGCACUAUUCCAGAAAAGAUCGCAUAAAAGGAACAUCUUGGUCUUAAAAACUUAAUUGAAAUCGAUCUACUAAGAGUUCUGGAAUAGUUCUUCUGUGUUUCAUUUUAAAGGUUUAUAUUUUUUGAAGUAAAUGAAAACUCAAAGUGAUAUUUUUUCUUAUGGUUUUACAUUCAAAUUACAAAAAUUACUCAUUUU